AUGUAUAGACGCUCAGUGGCCACAGGAGUGAAACAGGAGAAAAUACGAAAAGUCGACGCGCUGGUUGCUUUCAGUAAUUUAAAGGUGACAUAUGGAUAUACAGCCUUAACAACAUCAGAAGCAGCGCCCUUAACGGGAUCACUAAUUUUAACUACUGAUGAGCUAGUUGCUAGACUCUCUAUGUCUCUUGUUAAGAACCCGGAAUCUGUAGACAUGGCUUUUGAAUUUCUACAGCAAGUUGGGACGGAGUCCUUAACCGUUGAAGGACCGGCCAAUAGAAUGAUUUCCCAAUUCAAUUUCCUACUUGAAAGACAUAUUAUAGCAAUUAUGAGUAACACUGUCAUACACAAUAUAAAAAUGUUAAGCACAAUAUCUCGAUGUGUUCCAAUAUUGGUCCCAUUCAAUGACUCCAAUGAAAUUGUGUCAGAAGAGUCAACUGACAUCCAAGAAACGUAUAUAGAGAAUCAAAUAAUAAAAGGAAAUGAAAACGACGGUGACGAGAAUUUUGAAGAAAAUAUAAAUAUUGACAAUGACAAUAAAGACAAUUUUACUGCAGAUUAUGUGCUUUGGAAAAAAGAUAGCGUGGAACUAGAAUUUCCGCCGAAAGAGGGUUCCGAAAAGAAGCAAAAAAUGUUUAUAAAAUACAAUGAGAACUUUGCACUUGGAAAAAUAAAUAAUAAAAACUGA